UCUCCUUCGCCUCUCGCGUUAACUGAACCAGUGGUUGGAUGCCCCCUCGUAUUGUCUCUGCUGUUACGGCUGCACUCUUCCUCCCAGCGCCGUCAUAUCUAGCCUUUCAUCUCGCUCCUCCCUCGGGCAGUGUCAGAACAGAGAAGAUGCCGGCAGCAGCACAGAUGACAACUUCCUCAACAUCAACUUCACCCUCCUCCUCCUCCGCUCCUCCCCUGAUCCCUCUCCUGCCCGAGACCAUCGGCGCAGCCGCCAAAAGGUCGAAGAAGAAUCCUAGGGUGCCCUCGGAGAUGCCCGCCCUAGAGCUGCACCCGACGGUGGGCGAGUACCCGGUGGACUACACCAUGCACGCCGAGAACCGCGCCAAGGUUAUCAACAGAUUGCGCGAAACAGACGGAGUUGCGCCGCGCGGGGUGUUGCUGCUCCGCGGCGGGCUUGCCGCGAACCGAGACGAGACGGACCACGAGCCGGUGUUCCGGCAGGAGUCGACCUUCCACUACCUGUUCGGGGUGAGGGAGCCCGACUGCCUCGCGACGAUCGACCUGGAGACGGGGAAGGCGACUCUCUUUAUCCCGAGGCUUCCUGCGGUUUACGCGACGUGGAUGGGCGAAAUCCUUCCCCCCAAGCACUUCCAGGACGUGUACAAAGUGGACCAGGUGCUUUUUGUGGACGAACUGGCCUCCACCAUCAAAAAGGGACAACCGCAAAAGGUGUAUCUCAACAAGGGCUACAACACGGACGGUAAGGCUUGGUCCGCUCCGGCGAGCGUAGACGGGCUGGACGGGCUGGAGACGGACUCCUCGACCACCUUGUACGAUGCCAUCGUGGAAUGCCGGGUGAUCAAGACCAAGAAGGAGAUCGACAUCAUGCAGCACAUCACCAACCUCAGCAGCGAGGCCCACUUCGAGGUCAUGCGGCGCACGAGGCCCGGCAUGCGCGAGUACCAGCUGGAGAGCAUGUUCCGGCACUGGGUCUACUACAACGGCGGAUGUCGCCACACCGCGUACACCAGCAUCUGCGGCUGCGGGCCGAACAGCGCGGUCCUCCACUACGGCCAUGCGGGGGCGCCUAACGACCGCACGAUCGGAGAAAACGACAUGCUUCUCCUAGACAUGGGCGGCGAGUACCACUGCUACGCCAGCGACAUCACGUGCUCGUUCCCCGCUAACGGAAAGUUCACGGCCGACCAGAAGAUGAUCUUCGAAGCCGUGCGAGACAUGGCCUUCGCGGUUAUGGACGCCAUGAAGCCUGGCGUGUCGUGGCCCUCGCUGCACGAGCUCUCCUACCGAGUCGCCUGCGAGCGGCUCAAGGACGCUGGCCUGCUGACCGGCUCCGUGGACGACAUGAUGGCGGCAAACGUCGGCGCCGUCUUCAUGCCCCACGGCCUCGGCCACCUGAUCGGCCUCGACACGCACGACGUGGGGGGGUACCCCGAGGGUGGGCGCGCGCGGGACCCCCGGCCGGGGCACUCGAGCCUCCGCUGCGGGAGGGACCUCGCCGACGGGAUGGCGAUCACGGUGGAGCCGGGGAUUUACUUCAUCGACCACCUGCUGGACAAGGCCCUAAAGGACCCCGAGGCAAGUGUGGCGCCGUUCCUGGUGAAAAGCGAGCUCGCGCGAUUCCGUGGCUUCGGGGGUGUGAGGUUGGAGGACGACGUGGUUGUUACUGCGGACGGUGUCAGGAAUCUCACCAAUUGCGCUCGGACCGUGGAAGACGUGGAGGCUGUCAUGGCCGGCAGGAUAACCAACCGCAACCAGCUCUUCAAGAAGUGCUACACGGACGCCUGAGCGGGAGGGGAAAGCGCGAGGACGUCGCUCACGUGCGAGGUCGAUUUUCGCGGGAGGACUGGGGAGUCUGGCCGGUGUGUGCGGCUUUUGGACGUUUCAUCCUUGUGUGGCAUGUGGUGCUUUCCGUAGUCCUCUCGGUUUUUGUGGCGAUUAACUCGAACGGCCGAAUGAGAGUGUCGACAGUGGUCAUAGGUGGCAGAACUCUUCACCUCGACGAGUUGAACAGGGAGCAUGCUUGCGUGGAGGGAAAAACGUGUACCGAAAAUCGCGUUGGAACCGUCCCGUCGAGAGCUUCCCGAACACGCAUCGUUUGGAUAGAAGUAGUCGUCCUUUUCAUCGUCAAAAAUAGCAUAGUAGUCCAGCUCUGCAAAUCGGUUCCGGACGCGUGACACCUUCAGUCGCCUACGGUACGUUUUCUGUGUGCAAUGAAGACACGCCAGAAUCCGGCACACAACAAACCGAGGGCGGCCACGACAUUCCCA